AUGGAGUUAGUUCUCUAUAGUGUGAAUGCUACUGGUAGGAUACCUGAAUCAUUUGGUCAUCUAACUUCACUGCGUACAUUGAUAAUAGUUUCUUGUAAUCUCUCAGGCUCUAUUCCUAAACCUCUAUGGAAUCUCACCAACAUAGAGGACUUGGACCUUGUUGAUAACCAUUUUGAAGGACCAAUAUCCAAUUUCUUUAGAUUUGGAAAGCUCAAGUCGUUAUCACUAGGAAAUAACAACUUUGAUGGCCAACUUGAGUUCUUAUCCUUUAACAGAUGGACGCAACUUGUUGAGCUAGAUAUUUCAUUUAAUUCCCUAGCAGGUUCAAUUCCUUCUAAUGUAAGUGGUAUGCAAAACCUACAAAGUCUCAACUUGUCAUCAAACCACUUGAAUGGGACUAUACCUUCCUGGAUAUUCUCCCUCCGUUCACUAUAUUUGUUAGACUUGAGUGAUAACUGUUUAAGUGGAAAAAUUCAGGAGUUCAAGUACCAAUCAUUGUUUGUUGUUUCUCUCAAACAAAAUCAGCUGGAAGGUCCUAUUCCAAAGUCAUUCCAAGACCAGCAAAUCCUGCACUAUCUUCUCCUUUCACAAAAUAAUUUCAGUGGACAGAUCACAUCAACCAUCUGCAAUCGAGUACUAAUUUUGCUAGAUUUGGGCAGCAAUAGUUUGGAGGGAACAAUCCCACUAUGUUUGGGUGAGAUAAGUAUCCUUCGGAUUUUGGAUUUAAGCAACAAUAGUCUUAGUGGGACAUUAAAUACAAAUUUUAGUAUAGGAAAUUAUCUUGGAGUCAUUAAAUUUGACGGGAAUAAGCUAGAGGGGAAAGUCCCGCAAUCUUUUAUCAAUUGCAAAUAUUUGAAAGUUCUCGACUUAGGUAACAAUGAAUUGAACGACACAUUUCCUGAAUGGUCGGGAGCCAUACCUGAGUUGCAGCUAUUAAACUUGAGAUCAAAUAAGUUUUAUGGCCCUAUAAAAGAUUCAAGGACUGACAACUUGUUUGCUCAAAUUCGAAUCAUAGAUCUCUCAUCCAAUGGAUUUAGUGGAGAUUUACCAGUGAGCCUUUUCGAGAAUUUUGAAGCCAUGAAAAUAAUUGGUGAGAAAAAUGGAACCCGUGAGUAUGUAGCAGAUUAUUAUUCUGAUUUUUACUCAAAUUCCUUUAUAGUGACAACAAAAGGACUGGAGCUUCAAUUUCCUCGAGUUUUGACUACAAACAUAAUCAUAAAUCUCUCUAACAACAAAUUUGAAGGUCAUAUCCCAAGCAUUAUUGGAGAUCUCAUUGGUCUUCGUACGUUAAACUUAUCUCAUAAUUGCUUGGAAGGUAUUAUACCAGCAUCGCUGCACCAAUUAUCUGUACUUGAAUCAUUGGAUCUCUCAUCCAACGAAAUCGGCGGAGAAAUUCCACAACAGCUUGCAUCCCUCACAUCACUUGAAGUUUUAAAUCUCUCUCACAAUCAUCUUGUUGGAUGCAUCCCCAAAGGAAAACAAUUUGAUACGUUUGAGAAUAGUUCAUACCAAGGGAAUGAUGGGUUACGUGGAUUGCCACUCUCAACAGAUUGUGGCGGUGAUGAAGGAGCACCACAAGCAACAACUCCAGUUGGGCUAGAUGAAGGAGAAGAGGCAGAUUCAGCAAUGAUAAGUUGGCAAGAAGUUCUUAUGGGCUAUGGUUGUGGACUUGUUAUUGGAUUGUCCAUAAUAUACAUAAUGUUGUCAACUCAAUAUCCAGCAUGGUUUUCGAAGAUGGACGUAGAAUUGGAACACAAAAUUGUUACGAGAAUGAAAAGGCACAAGAAAAGACAUUAGUGUGUAACCUCCAGGAUUCAAGUCCACUGCAUUGUUGGGAUGCGAAUAAAAGUUUUUACUUUCAUAGUUAUGAUAUUUCAUAAAGUGUUUGUUAAACAUAGUAAGACUUAUCUGGGUGUUCCUCGUUUGUCUUUUAAAAAUGUGUACGUACAGCGAGGAUAGUGCCUUUGAUAAUUGCUCCAUAACAAUCAUUAAAAGGAU